UUUAAAUGCUAUUCUGAAGAGCUAUUUCUUGUGUUAUUUGCGACCGCGAGACAAAUUUCGCGCCUAUUUUCUGUUUAUUUAAUAACAUUAUCAAAUGUUAUUACGUCAUAUAUAAUAUAUAGUUUUUAUUAAAAAUGGAAAAGUUAAUCUUUUUAUCUUUGGAAAUAAAAAAAACCUUCUACCCAAAAUCGGUUAUUUAGACAUUUCCAACAAAGUUUUGAAUUAUAAAAUAAAGAUAUAUCUUUUAUCAUAAAAAAAAAUGUCUCGCAGGAAGCAAAAGUUGGAUCAUGCUACUGUUGUAGAAAACAAUAAUGAUGUAGUAGAAAGAACUCCUUUGAGAAGGUCAAAACGUAAACUUGUAAACAAAGAGAACAUGAACCAGAAUCUUAAUGCAGACACUGCUAUUGAAGAAGACACUACUAAAGUUGAUAAAACCCUCUUAGAGAAUUCAAGCAGUAAUUCUGUGAUCAAAAAAAGAAAGGAUCAAAAGCUGAAAGUUAAUGAAACAGUUUCAAUGUCUGAACACGAUAUUAUGAUCAAAACCCCUAGAGUAUUGAUUAAGAAAUUAAAAAUAGACGGCCAAGUAUUUUCCCCAGAAUUAAACAAAGAGAACAUGAACCAGAAUCUUGAUGCAGAUACUGAUCUUGCAGAAGACACUACUAAGGUUGAUGAAACCCUUUUAGAGAAUUCAAACAGUAAUUCUGUGAUCAAAAAAAGAGAGGAUCAAAUGCUGAAAGUUAACAAUGGAACAAUUUCAAUGUCUGAACAAGAUAUUAUGAUCAAAACCCCUAGAGUAUUGAUUAAAAAAUUAAAAAUAGACAGCGAAGUAUUUUCCCCAAAAUUAAAACGAAUUUCUGUUGAUAGUGGUAUCAGCUCAGAUCUUAGUUUACAAGAUGUAAGUGUUUCAUCAACAAUGUUAAGAAUGUCAACCGAAACUGAACUGAUGUCUUCAAAAAACUCAUUUAAUAUAUCAUCAAUUAUAGAUUACAACAAUAUUGAUGUUCAAGGGAAAUCUUCAGAAAAGCCUAAACGGCAAAGGAAUACAAAAAGAAAAGUAGAUGAUCUCGUAAAUACUAGCAUUUCAUUGGCGGAAAAUGAAAAGCAUAUGUCGAAGAAAAAAUUAACUUCAGCUAACAUAUCAACUGAUUUUCAAAAAGAAAAAGAUUCUAAGAUUUUGUUAGAUCAAACUAAGAAGGAACUAGUUUUGGAAGAUGAUAGCGAGGAUGAAGUUAUAUCAUUAAGAAGAUCAAGAAGACUCAAGUCUGUGAAUGAAAAGAGCAAAAACCAAACGUCAACAGUUUAUCAAACAAGUCCAACUUUCAAAGAAGAUCAUUUGAUCAAGAAAUUAAAAAAAGAUGACGAAACAUUUUCUUCAGAAUUUAGCCAAAGUGUAGCUGAUAUUAGCUUAGAUCUUAAUUUGAAAGUUGGAAGUUCUUUAUCUACGAUAUCAAACAAUAUAAAAGAAACUGAAUAUAUAUCUUCAGAAAAGUCUUCUAAAAUGGCAUCAACUAUUGAUAGCAAUAGUCCUCAAGUAAAGAAAUCUUUGGAGAAACUCAAACCUCUAAAAAAUGGUGAAAUAAAAAUUGAUUAUCUUGUAGAUACUUGCAUCUCAUCUGAUAAAAAUGAAGAGCUAGCAUCUAAAUGUAAAUUGGCUACCAAAAAUAUAUCCAUUGAAUUCCAAAAUGAAAAAGAGCUUGAUACUCUAUUAGAUUCAUCUAAAGAUAAACUGUUUUUAGGAAGUAAUAAGGAUGUUGCUAUUGUUGAAGGUAGUAUUGCAAAUAGCUCAUCAACAGGAGAAAAAACUAUUAUGCAAGUUCUUGUUCAGCAAGAAUUCAAUGCAGAGACUGAAUGUAAAAUAUCAAGUUUAAGUCAAACAAAGACAGAAAGUAGUAAUAAUGAUUCCAAUAGUGAAUCUGAUUGGGAAGAAGUUGGAGAAAGAAGUGAGUUAAGCUUGGAAGAUUAUAAUCCUGCAAUUCCCAAGGAUGGUGUUGAAAUAACAAUAGAUUGCCCAGACCUCAAAAGUUUACGUAAACAGAAGAAGAGAGAGUAUGAGAUGGAUCAAAUUAGACUUUGUAUUAAUCGAAUGCGGAGAGAAGAGCAAUUGAAUAUCCAUAAAACUCAUUUACUAUGUCUAUUAGCGCAUGGAUUAUUUGUGAAUGAUAUUUUGAACUCUCUUUAUUUAAAAGCAUUCGCUCUUUCCUAUUUACCGCCUGAUUUAUUAGCAGUUACAGCUGGUCGAAAAAUUGACAAAGCAAAUUCUGGUGUUAUACGCAAUAUAGUUACCUGGUUUUGUGAAUCUUUCAGCUUUGAAAAUAAAGAAUUACCCUUCAUUGAUUUCCAAAAAAAUAUAUUUAGCUACUUUCAGGAGCAAAAAUCAUUAAGUCCAUCAGAGUACAAUUUAAUGUUUGUAGUUUUUGCUCAAACUUUAGGUUUUAAAACCAGAUUUUGUGUUUCUUUUAAUCCUGUUAGUUACAAAGCUAAAAAUUUAUUGAAGAAAUCCAGAUCAAAGAUAAAAAAUAGUUUGUAUGAGCAUAAUCUCAAAGUGGAAAAUAAUUUAAAAACAGAAAAACCAAUACUUACUGAACAAGAAAGUUCUAAGGAAAAAUCAGUGCUUGCUGCCAACAAUAAGAAAACAAAAUUGGAUAUAACACUGAAAAAAAAGAAACCUCGACCCCAGCGAUCGAAGAGUAAGAGUUACAAAAUGAGUAGUGACGAAGAUGAAAGUGAAGUCAUAAAACUUCAGCCACAACGAUCUAAAAGUAAGAGUUGCAAAAUGAGUGGUGACGAAGAUGAAAGUGAAGUAGUAAAACUUCGGCCACAACGAUCUAAAAGUAAGAGUUACAAGAUGAGUAGUGAUGAGUACAAAAUGAGUAGUGACGAGUACAAAAUGAGUAGUGACGAAGAUCAAUAUGAAGAAUGGAAGUUGCAACCACAGCAAUUUAAAAAGAAAAGUUAUAAAAUUAGCAGUGAUGAAGAGGAUGAUUUUGUUGAAAAGAGAAGCUCUCAAAGGAAUAAUAAAAAAAAAGAUAGGUUUAAAAAAUUGUCUGAAAAACCAUUAAAUCGUAAAAUCUUAUCUAGUAAUUCAGAGCCCAAUUUUAAAAAAAACUGCAAUUUUGAAAAAGAUAAAAUCAUAUGUUGGUGUGAAGUUUUUUCUAAGCGAGAUAAACGAUGGAUUUCUGUUGAGUGUACUAACCAAAUUAUCGAUGAACCUUACGAUAUUGAAAAAUUACUUCCACAACCUGUAACUUAUAUUGUAGCUUAUGAUAAUGAUUGUUACAUAAAAGAUGUUACCAAACGCUAUUGUAGUGAAUAUAUGACUUCAGCUUUAAAAUUAAGGCCUGAUUCUGAAUGGUGGGAAGAAACAAUUGAAUACUUUUCUCCUCCAAAUUCUAAAUUAAAUAAAGAGGAAGAAAAGAAAUUGGAUGAAAUGCUAAUCAAUAAACCAUUACCUAACACAUUCAAAGAGUAUAAAAAUCACCCACUUUAUGCCCUUAAAAGACAUCUUUUAAAAUUUGAGGCAAUUUAUCCACCUGAUGCAGCACCUGUAGGUUUCAUUCGAAAUGAGCCAGUAUAUGCACGAGAUAAUGUUUGCAUACUUCGUUCACAUGAAAAAUGGAAAGAAGAAGGCAGGACAGUCUGUAUUGGUGAGGAACCAUACAAACUUGUAAAAGCACGUCCGAAAUGGGACCACGUUAACAAAAAGAUAAUAACUGAUCUACCUCUUCUUGAAGUGUUUGGUUAUUGGCAAACAAAGCUAUAUGAACCACCAGUUGCGGAGGGUGGAAAAGUCCCUAGGAACAAAUAUGGAAAUGUUGAGCUUUUCAAGCCUUGGAUGUUACCUCGGGGGACUGUACAUUUGAAAAAUCCAGGUUUGAGUCGCAUUGCAAGAAAGUUAGGCAUCGAUUGUAGCCCAGCUUUUUUUGGUUUUGAAAACAUGUGUGCUAUAUAUGAUGGUUAUGUUGUCUGUGAAGAGUUCAAAGAUACACUUUUAACUGCAUGGGAGGAAGAACAAGUGAAUGCAAAAGAGCGUAAAGAAGAAAAAAGAUACAAAAGAAUUUAUGGCAAUUGGAAAAAAUUAAUAAAAGGUUUGCUCAUCAAAGAAAGAAUUAAAUUGAAGUAUGGCAUGAAAUAGAAGGCAGUGCUUUGCAUUUUCACUGUUUUACUACCUCAUAUUUUUACUACCUUUUUCCUUUAUUUUUUUUACAAAUUUUAACUUUUUCACAUAUUCAAUUGUUUUUAAAAUUAUUUCUUUAUUUGUGUAAAAAAAAAGUUUCCCUAACUAUUUUAGUCUUUAUGAACCUGAACAAUUGAACAGUUUUCAUAUUGAAUUUUUUUUUUUUAUUUGUAAUUCUAUUUAUGCUUAUAUCAAAAACAUAUACUUUGUCUAUACUUUAAAAAAUUUUAAAGUUUUUGUUCAAUAUAAAUAUUUUAAUAAUAACAAGUGAGUUGCGUGGAAAAAAAAUCUACUAUUUCUUUAUUGCAGUGACCAAAGAAAUGUGCUAAAAAAAAAAAAAGAAAUUUAUAUUUGUUUUUUAAUGAACAUUGUUUUUUUACAUCAAUCAAUCAAAAAAAAAAAUAUCUAUCUAUAUAUAUACCUCAAAAAACCUUGUCAGCUGGAAAUUCAACAAAACAAAGCUUUAUUUAUGAUAGACCACUGUCUUUAAUGUUUUAAAAAUAUUGUUGCUUUAUAUAUUAGUUUAAAUUAUGUUAGUCAUUCCAAUAUUUAUUUGUUGUGCAAGCUAUUUUUUUUUUGUCAUUGAAAAUUCUUUUAGUUUUGAUUAUUUUUACUGAUUAUAUUGUGAAAUUUAAUUUGAUAUACUCUGUUGUCUUUUAUGUAUAUUUGGUGAUGCCUGUGAAACAAAAAAUUAGUUUUUAUAACAAUUGUUUUGCCCAAUUCCUUAAUGUCUGUGAUAAAGUUUUUUUAAAAUAAAAUUUUUAAAUUUAUUAUUUUUAUUUAAUUUUGUUAUUUCUUUUAAAGUAUAUAUAGAACACCAGCUAUUUUGAGAAUUUUUCUGAUCAUUUUGUGUGAUUUAGAUAUAUUCUGCUGUCUUAUGAAACAAAAGAAUUAGUUUCUACAAAAUUUUAAAUUAAUCACUUCAAUUUUUAUGUAAAAAAAGCUAUUUGCAGGUACACAUGUUUUUUAGAAAUAUUUGAAACUUAAAAACAAACCUAAGUUUAUUGUGUUAUUAGUAGCCUGUAUAAUAGUCACUUGGUAGAAAAUAAAGAAUAACUUUUUU